AUGGUCUUCUAUUUCACCUCGACCGUUGUUGAUCCCCCGGCUUUCGUUUAUGUGGGGAAAGACAAGUUUGAGAACGAGGAGUUGAUUAAGCACGGCUGGGAGGAAGAUGUCUGGUACGUAUCGCCCCAGCCAAGUCUCAGUUCACGUUCUUUUUUUUUACUAACUAUUACUCAUAGGUUCCACGUCGACAAACUCUCCAGUGCCCAUAUCUACCUUCGUCUCCCACAGGGUUGGACAUGGGAUAACAUUCCUGAGGAGCUCCUGACUGACCUUGGUCAGUUGACCAAGGCCAACUCCAUCGAGGGUAACAAGAAGGACAACAUCUCAAUCAUCUACACGCCAUGGUCCAACCUCAAGAAGGACGGAAGCAUGGCCGUCGGCCAGGUCAGCUUCAAGGACCAGAAGAAGGUGAAGCGCAUUUUGAUUGCGCAGCGUGAAAACCCCAUCGUCAACCGUCUGAACAAGACCAAGGUCGAGAAGCACCCAGACCUGCGAGAGGAGAAGGAGAACCACCUGAAGGAGCUGCGCAAGAAGGACCAGGCGGCGGUGCUGGCGCGCAAGAAGGAGGAGGAUCGCCUGAAGAAGGAGCGGGCCGAGAAGAAGUGGCAGAAGGAUCAUGCUUACGACGAGCUCUUUGCUGAGGAGAACAUGAUGAUGUCGAGCAACCAGGAUCGGGAUGAGACCUGGGAGGAUGAUUUUAUGUAA